UGUUAUUGUAUUUUUAUUUAUAGUGAUGCGUACGGGUUGGAUUGGCCUCGCUGUAGGUGUCCUAUGGAUCAGCUUACUGCACAACUCAUCUGCCUACCGAAUAUUGGGCCUAUUCGCCCACCCAGGCCUGAGCCAUUUCAAGGUGUUCCAACCCAUCAUGCGUGCUUUGGCCGAAUCAGGUCACCAUGUUACGGUGGUCAGUUACUUUCCGAAUUUGGACGACCCACAUCCAAACUACAAAGAUUACGCCUUUCAAGGGCAGGACAUUCUGACCAAUGCAUUUAAUCUUGAGGGCUUCUCGCGUCGAACGUUUAUGGACAAUUUUGUAGAAUUCUACGAGCUUGCCGAUUGGGGAUUCGGUACCUGUUCCUCGGCUUUGAAUUCUCCCGCAUUGGACCAGGUGUUGGCGUUGCAUCGCUCGAAGCCAUUCGACCUGAUUGUAACGGAAUUCUUCUCGACGGAUUGCAUGCUUGGAGUGAGUCACGUGAUGCGAGUGCCGUUCGUAGGGCUUAGCAGUUGUGCCCUGAUGCCUUGGCACUACGAUCGCGUUGGCCAACCGGAUAGUCCGUCGUACAUUCCUUCAGAAUUUAGCACCUUUUCGGAGCAAAUGAGUUUUUGGGAGCGGUUCGAGAACUGGUUCGUGACACGAUCGGUGAAAUUGUUGUACCGCAUCGUGGAGUGGAAUGAUAAUCGACUGCUGGCGGCCAAGUUCGGGGAUGGUAUUCCGGAUGUUAGGGAUAUUGCUCGGAACACUAGUUUGGUGCUGGUCAAUCAGCAUUACACGUUGAGUGGGGCGAGGCCACUCGUUCCGGCCGUUGUUGAAGUGGGUGGCGUGCACAUCAGAAACCUGAAACCGUUACCUAUGGAUCUUCAGCAGUGGCUGGAUGACUCACCCGAAGGUGUGAUAGUGAUUUCGUGGGGAUCGGUUUUGAGAGCUUCGACGCUGCCGAAGGAGAAACGCGAUGCCAUUUUGAGUGCCCUACGACGAAUCCCAAUGAAGGUUCUGUGGAAAUGGGAGGAUGAUAACCCGAGCGAUCUGCCAAAGAAUGUGGUCGUACGAAAGUGGCUUCCUCAGCGAGAUGUUCUGUGUCAUCCGAAUGUUCGACUGUUUCUAUCGCACGGCGGACUGUUGGGAGUGUCGGAAGCUGUCUACUGCAGUGUACCGGUCGUGACGACUCCCAUCUACGGAGAUCAGUUUCUGAAUGCAGCUGCCCUGAUGAAUCGGGGCAUAGGAGUCACGAUGCAUUACGAAAGCAUUAACCAACCCGAGUACGUCUACCAAUGCAUUCAGGACGCUCUUGGAUCUAGCAUGAAGAAAGCUGCCAUGGCCGUUUCGGAAGCAUAUCGAAGCAGACCGCAGACUCCCGUUGAGUUGUCGGUUUGGUGCAUUGAGAAUGUAAUGAAAAAUCGAGAGCACAGGCUGGAGAAGUCCUACGGUGGGGAAUUGUCGCUUGCGGUUUACUAUUCGUGGGAUGUGAUUGUAGUGUUUAGUGCCAUGAUUGUUGGAAGCUUGGCAGCGGUAAUUUUGAUAUCGAAAAGGUUAUCGAGUUUGUUGGGCAAAAAAACGAGAACGGGUAAGAAAACCAAGAGAUCAUGAACUAUUCCGGACAAUGUUCGGGUUGAAGAACACACGUACUACUUACUUAGUAAUUGAGUUACUAAAGCUAAUUGUAAGUUAUUUUAUUCGGCAAUAGUAAAGAGUUUUAAGAACAAGACGAAGUAUGAUACGUUCGUAGUUAGAAAUGUUACAGUAAACAGUAUCGAACGUGAUUUAAAAAUAAAAGUUAUGCCUAGUGUAUGUGUAUGUAGCUUGGCAGUUGAAUAGGUAUCUAAAAAUAGAGCCGAGAGAUAAGUUAGACAGCAUCUAUCCCUCCAUCCAUCAUACUCUCAACAAGUCUGAUAGGACUAGCAACUUAAAUAAUAAUUAUAAAAAAAUUCAAAUUAAUUAAAGUUAAAAAGGCACGUCUGUGUCACUUGAGAAUUCAAAAUAGUAAACCACACAAGUACAAGAAAUAAACACCAUUUGCCCUCCAUCGAUCCUUGUAUUCGACAGAUACCCGUUUUUAGCCUAUUACCAUGAAAUUUCUGCUCAGCAAACUACUGACAUCUGUGCCCACGUUAAAGGAAA